AUGGAGCCAGCUAUUAUACGACUGGCGCAGACGUACGUCGGCCAUGUUCGCCGGGUUGGCGUGUCCUUUUGCACACUUUACAUGGCGCUACGGCUAUCAUGUCUGAUAUGUGCACCUGAGACCAAUUACUGGAUGUGGGUGGUAUUGAUAUUCGAAGCCCUGUGGACUUACAAGUCCCUGAGCAUGGAAUUGCCUAGACGAACAGGGGAAACGUCAAAACAACUUCAUCUAACUAAGAACCAUGCAUUGCCUUCGGUAGAUAUUAUGCUGCCAUGCUGCGGUGAACCAAUCGAGAUUAUCCUCGAUACCAUACGUGCAGCGUGUGUCAUUGACUACCCCCAAACUGCAUUCCGGGUCCUCAUCUUAGAUGAUGGAAAUUCUCCGGAAGUACGACAGGCGGUAGAAGAGUUGCAACAUACCUGGCCAAACCUCCUCUACUACAGCAGAGGAACUAAACCAAGCCAGAAAGUUUUUGCAAAAGCAGGCAACCUGAACUUUGGCUUGUUUGAUGUGCAGGGAGGAAUGGUCAAGCCGCCUGAGUUUAUUGCCAUAUUCGAUUCAGACUUUCUGCCUGCUCCCAACUUUCUGCGAGCCACGCUUCCUCAUAUGUUGGGGGGUGAUAAUGUUGGAAUUAUGGACGAAAUGGGAUCAAGUCUAGCAACAACUUCGGGAUGUCUUAUGCGCCGCGAUUUAGCCGUCCAAGUGGGCGGAUUUCCAACGCUAAAUGAAGUGGAGGACAUGACUCUAUCGUUCAUUUUGCCAGCGUACGGGAAGCGCGUCGUAUAUCUCACUGAAAUGCUGCAACUGGGACGCGUGCCGUCCUCGUUGGAAGGUCAUGUCCGGCAGAGCCGACGAUGGCUCACUGGCUUGACAGAGAUGAUCGCUACUCCCUGGGCACCAUCCGCGGAGUCUAUCCCCACUUCAUUGAGAUACUCUAUGGCAUACUUUGGUAUUUAUUGGGUUUUGUCACCUCUAGGCCAGAGUAUCGGUUGUCCAAAUCCCAUUAUCCCUGGUAUCCUUUGGACUCAUUUUCCUAUACGAAUGGCUCAAGGCGGCAGCAAUGGGGUUCCGCUUGUCCGCAUUUUCUUGUUUUAG